AUGUCAAUAAACAGCAACAAAAAAGUGACCCUAAUGUCGCCAACAAACCAAUCAACAAAAUCGGACAACAGCACAACAAACCAAUCCGUGCGAUCAACCAACAGCUCUAUCCGGAAGCAAUCCCAAUCGGCUGAAAACAAAUACAAAGCUUUAAUGAUAGAAAAACGGAUACUAAUAGCUGCUUUCAUUAUCGGUUUAUUAGCGUCGCUAGUUUUUCUAAUAUGUUUUUCAACGAAAUACUGGAUAAUUGUGAAUUUUAAAACUCCGAAACCACGAAUUGACGAAAGAGGGGAACAUUUGAAGGUCGGUCAUUACCAUGGACUGUGGACUUUUUGUAGGAUUGAGUUGUGGAAAAAUUCGACGGUUGAAGGUGAAGAGCACAACUGCGCCAAAAUGUUCUUCACUUUCCCGGAGGUGUGGAAGCCCCGAACGCCCCCACAGAAACUGGCCAUGGAGCGGUCGACAAUAGCAGUGGGCAUAAUAUCAUUAUUGUUCGGACUCCUAUCGCAUAUAUUCACGUAUUAUUCUAUAGACCAACUGAGGUACAUGUACAAAAGGUUGUCUGGCUGCCUGCAUUUAAUAUCUGCUGCUACAUUAGCAAAAGCGCAACAACUGCAACAACAACAACAACAACAACAUGAUUCUACAAGGAUAUUGCUAAAACUUGACCAUGGUAUGACCAGUAUUGAAAAUGCGUACUGA